GGCUCGAGCAUCCCACAAAUGAUCUGCAGGUUGAGUGAAGACAGAAAUAUUGCGCGAACUCUAAUGCCUCAUUGCACCGGGCUUCAGCCAAAGCAGGGAGUUUUUCACCAUCACUAAAAUUGAAAGGGAGACCUGUUUAUGACUCCAUGGCUCCUCUCAAAGUAACAUUCCUAGGGCCCUCGGCAUCGUUUUCACACCAGGCCGCCGUUGAGACGUUUGGGAACUCCGUUGAGCUUAUACCUUGUCUAUCGUUUGCAGAUGCUAUCGCUGCCGUUCAGAAUGGAGGGGCGGACUAUACGAUUGUUCCUUUUGAAAACUCAACGAAUGGAUCAGUCAUUCAAACAUUGGACCUUCUCGUGGAUCGCAAUGAUGAUUACAGCGACGUGAAAGUGUGCAGCGAGUAUUAUCUCACAGUACAUCACUGUCUUUUGGCUCGAAAGGGCCUCUUUCCUGCAGGGCAACGUGAUUACAGUUCUAUCACUAAGCUUUACACACAUCCGCAGGCAUGGGGUCAAUGCGAGAAAUUUUUAGCAGAACACUUCAGAGGCGUGGAAAGGCAAGAUGUGUCGUCGACAUCAAAGGCUGGCGAGACUGUGUUGAAUACAACAACCGAGGUCAACGCCGCCAUAGCCAGUGGCUUUGCGGGGCAGCAUUACGGUCUGGAUAUUUUGGAGAAAAAUAUUGAGGACACAACCAAUAAUACUACUCGUUUCUUAGUGCUGAGGAAUGUGAAGUCAAAACAUCUGACUCACUUUCAUCCUGAAUCUGCCGGACAGUCGAUUGCCGAGAAACAACCUUUGACAGCCUCCAAAACGGAAAAAACGUUGAUUUCAUUCAUGGUUCCUCAGGACACCCUUGGGACACUGGCGGAUGCACUGCUGAUCUUCAAAGACUGUGGGAUGAAUCUUACGAGCAUAAGUACGCGGCCAAGUCAAUUACAAGCCUGGAAAUAUGUGUUCCUAGUAGAAAGUGAGACCGGUCAGAGCAAGGAAGUUGUACCUGAAAUCAUGAAUAGCCUGACGAAGGUCACCGAGAAUUGCAAGCACUUGGGAACAUGGGCGAAUCGGCUUGUCGCUACCUGACAAUAGAAUUAGCAUUGAUCGAUAUAUCAUACUUUUUCCGUAACGGUACUCUCAUCCCAUCUUGCUAACUGCCCUAGAAAGCUAGUUUUACACGUUGGUUAUGGAGGACUAUAGAAAACAAAAUGUCUAUUUGUAAACAAUUUUCCCCGAGUAAAAUA